AUGGCCCUGUCCAACAUCCUGCCAGCUCCCUCCAGAAGCGGACUGAACUGCCAGCCUCUGGAGGAGCAGGGCUGGCCUUUCUACCUUUUGUACGCGCAUGUCCGCAUCUUUCUUUUUGCCAUUGAACAAAUUAACAAAGACACAGAUAUUUUACCAAAUAUCACGCUGGGAUACCAUUUUUAUGAUUCUUGCUUAGAUACAAGGAAGGCGGUAAAAAGUGUUUUACAAAUUUUGUCUGGACCUGGGAAGACUAUCCCUAAUUAUUCCUGUUCUGAACGUGGGAAGGUGGCUGGUUUUAUUGGAGAUCACUAUUCAGUCACCACUGUGCCCAUAGCGCAAAUACUCGGGAUAUACGGUCAUACACAGAUCAGCUAUGGAGCCACAGAUUAUUCAUUAAGUGAUCGACGUGUCUACCCGCACUUUUUCAGGGCACUACAGAAUGAACAUGUCCAUUUCUUUAUAAUAUCCGACCUGCUGAAACACUUUGGCUGGACCUGGGUUGGAAUAUUUACAUCGAAUGAUGAUGGUGGAAAUCAACAAAGUCUUAUUUUAACGAAAUAUCUCAAUGAUCAGGGUAUUUGUCCCAAGAUGUCGUUAGAUAUGCCAGGCCUCCCUGAAGAAUCUCCAGCUCCUAAAAAGGCUACAUCCAAGACAAAGCAUUUUGCCUUUAAAAAUUGCAAAGUUAUUAUGUCUGACGACACUAGGAAAUUUUGUUCAUCAUGCCUGAAAGCCAGAGAGGAGUCCAUUUCUGGUUUCAAGGAGCAGAUGAAGAAUGAGCUCCAGUCCACUUCUCAGCAGAUCCGAUCAUCGGUUUUGGAUUCUUUGCCCCAGCCUGAGACAUCCUGUCUUGAUCCUCUGCCUGGGUUCCGGUCUUUGGGUCAGGAUCAUGGUUCUUCGGGCUUCAAAAUGACUGGCACCUGGAGGAACCCAAAUCUCCAGAAGAGGGGGAGCUCUCUGAAGAAACCUUUUUCUUUCCAGCAGAAGAGGUGGACAAGCUGGUUACUGCUAAUGAUUCCUUUCCUGGGGUUUAUCCUGGAUACUUCCUGUCAAAAGAUCUUCCUGCUAGGGGACAAGAUCCAGACGUCUCUCCAGCCUGAGGCUGCUCAUGCGCCUUCUGGGAAUGAUGGUGUCUACGAGGCCUGCCCGGGCAUAGGCUCUUCUUCAUAUUUGUCCAGUACAGUAUUUCAUCCUGAGGACAUGGGGUCGGUACAUUCCAGCUCUCUCAAGAAAGGUUGCCAUUCCAGCCAGUGUUCGUCUUUCCCUCAGAUGGUGGCUUCAGGUGAAAAGACUGAGUUCAGGUCUGGUUUGGACCGAGCCUGUUUGACAAGGUUUUUCGUCAAACCAGGAACGUCGUCUUCAUAUCAAUGUGCUGGAACUUCUGGCAGUCUAGAAGGCGCUCCUUUCUUGGCAGGUUACGGGGAAAGGCAGGGUUCUCCGAAAGAUCAAAAGAGACAGAUGCCGGGUGAUCCUAAUAGCUGCCGACUGGCACAAAAAGAUUUGGUACCCAGAGUUAAUCCUUCUGUCCAUAAAGCCUCCAAAGAGGUUGUGGAAAAAGCCAGACCUGCUCCAUCAAGGGCCUGUACUCAACCCGAAUCCCGCUUACUUCAAGUUGUCAGCGUGGCUCCCGAGAGGGAGAGAUUCAUUCAGGCUGGUCUCUACGAAGAGGUGGCUGAAACAAUGAUGAAGAGCCGAAAUGACAGUCAUGUAGGCCUGUAUACGCCAUGGUAUCCAAGUGGUCAGAGGCUUGCUAUUAACACACAUGAGAUAACAUGGAAGACCAACAACAACGAGAUUCCACGAUCUCAAUGCUCAAAUAAUUGUUUACCUGGUCAGAGGAAAGUCCAGCUAUUUGGAAUACACUCUUGCUGCUACGACUGUGUUUAUUGUUCAGAAGGAGAAAUAUCAAAUGUUACUGACAGUGACAAUUGUUUAAAAUGCCCAGCAGAUGAAUGGCCAAAUGAGAAAAAGGAUCGAUGUAUUCCCAAAGUGGUGGAAUUUCUAUCCUAUACAGACGAUACCUUGACUGCAAUAAUGGCAUCUGUCUCAGUUCUCUUUUGCUUAAUUACACUGGCAGUACUGAGAUUUUUUAUUUUACACUGGAAUAAAUAUAUUGUUAAAGCUAAUAACAGGAACCUCAGCUUCAUCCUCCUUGUUUCCAUAAUGCUGAGCUUCCUCUGUGUGUUUCUGUUCCUUGGACGGCCAGUGGAUAUAACCUGCAUACUUCGCCAAACCUCAUUUGGAAUCAUCUUCUCCGUAGCUGUGUCUUCUGUGUUGGCCAAGACUAUCAUGGUCUGUAUCGCUUUUAAAGCCACCAGACCUGGCAGCGAGUGGAAUAAAUGCAUUGGAGUCAAACUGCCAAUUUCUAUAGUCCUGUUCUGCUCAUUUAUUCAAGUUCUAAUUAAUAUCUGUUGGUUGACUAUUUCACCUCCCUUUAAGGAGCAGGACAUGAACUCUUAUCAGGGAAAGAUCAUCAUUCAGUGUAACGAAGGCUCAGUUAUUGCCUUUUACUCUGUCCUGGGCUAUUUGGGGAUCCUGGCAGCUGUUAGUUUUAUUAUAGCUUUUUUAGCCAGGAAAUUACCUGACAGUUUUAAUGAGGCCAAGUACAUCACCUUCAGCAUGCUGGUGUUCUGCAGUGUUUGGAUUGCAAUGAUCCCGGUGUAUCUGAGCACCAAAGGGAAAUACAUGGUGGCUGUGGAGAUCUUUGCCAUAUUAACCUCAAAUGCGGGACUUUUGAGCUGUAUAUUUUUCCCUAAAUGUUACAUAAUCCUUUUUAGGCCAGAAAUGAAUAGUAAAACAUGUAUGUUAAAGAUUACUGAUUAACAGUUUCCUGCCAACAUAUAUGCUGCUUCUGGAAUCCCAUGUUAUAAUUUUCUGAUUAAUGGAGCUAUUCUUGAAAACAUCAAUAUGAAUUGGAAAAAAUACACUAAAUGAAAUUAUACACAGACGCAUGCAUCAAUCUAAAUGUUUAUAGAUACCUUAUUGUAUAGAGACUAGAACUACUUCACAGCAUUCAGCAUAAUUAAAGUCAUUUUUCUCCA